CUGCUGGACUGUACCACUCAGGGAGCGGUCCUCGGAGGACAUAAAGUCUACACUGACCCCCCACUCUCUUUUAGGAUGGGGCACUGAACCCACAAAGGCAAAGUGACUUGGCCCAGGAUUCUGAGACUUUCUUUAGAGGUGGUAGGUCCACAAUUCCAUUGCGGAGGUCGCAGAGAGCCCUGCCCCGAAGCUACUUUGUAUCAAGAGUAUCUCAUCUGUACUUUGGGCGAGUUUGCUCUCAGCGUCCGGGGAGCUGACAGAGGCUGGAGAUGAAUCCCAUCCCGGCUUCUGGGAGAUGUACCUCGCAAGAUGCAGGAACCAAGAGGAGCAGUGCGCUCCACGGACGCAGUCUUUGAUCUGCAAGGAGCUGAGAUACGAGAUCGCCAAGCUGGGCACUCGAUUGCAGCCUCCAGGAUCUCCUGUUUGGGCUCGCUGUGGGCCUGCUGCUGUGGGGCUGCCGCUGUGAGCACUUGGCUUACCACCCUUGCUGUGAUCCCUACAGGAGCUGGAGAGUCUUUUGAAGGAGCUUCCGCCAUACCUUCGCCAACUGUCUAGUGAUGAUGCCAAUGUGCUUGUGUGGCACAUGCUCCUGCUGCCAGACCAGCUUCCCUAUUGCCUCAAAGCCUUCCGUGUGCAGAUUGAUUUCCCCAGGGAGUAUCCACUUAAGCCUCCAACUUUGAGAUUCACCACCAAGAUCUACCACCCCAACGUCAGUGAGGAUGGACUGGUGUGCCUGCCCCUCAUCAGCAAUGAGAACUGGAAGCCUUACACCAAGGCCUAUCAAGUCUUGGAGGCCCUCAACGUGCUGGUGAGUAAACCGAAUCUGGAAGAGCCUGUGCGUCUGGAACUUGCUGACCUCCUGACUCAGAACCCGGAGAUGUUCAGGGAGAAGGCAGAAGAGUUCACCCUUCAAUUCGGAGUGGACCGGCCCUCUUAAAUCUGUUCUGAAGCCACUCUGCCUGGAUCUUCUGCUUAGCAGAUGGAUAUCACAGACUGGUGCCUGAGGCCUUGGGAAGCUCACCCUGUGUCUAAGUUUUCCUUUGUAGCUGCUAAUUAUGAAUCUUGUACCUGGUGUGUAUGUAUGUGAUGGAGGUAGCGGGACCUGUGUGAUGUGUGCUCCUUCCCUGAGCUGUCUGGCUGUCGAUGUACCAUCCCCACAUCCUCCUUGGCUUCAGAGCCAAUGGGAGUUAGGUACACACAGUUUCAGGCCUGCUUUCCAGCUCUCUGUCUUAGGCCACCUUUCAGGCCAAUUGACAGAACAUUGAAUGCCCCAGGGCCCAGGCACCAAGGGGUGAGAAAGGCAGGACUCUGCUCGGAAGGCAGGGCCUACAGAAGGUACCAAAUUUACUGUUGAGUGAUUGAGAUUAACCGCCCUUGUCAUAGCCAUGUCCAGAUUUAAGUGUUAAACAUCUUAUUUUCCGCUGAUGAAUCUCAAGAUAAAGAGUCUAACCUCCACCCAGAA